AUACUAGUAGACCAAUAAAGAAAUAACCAACAAUGGCGGAAGGCGGAGAACCCGUUGUCGAUGUACCGGCAGAAGAAGAAGCAGUGGAGGAAAAGCCCGCCGAAAAAACGGGGUCGGCGGAGGAAAACUCUUCGGCAACUCCAAGCUCUAAAGUCAAAGAUCUGAUAGACGAAAAGAACAUGAACGUGAAGAAUUUAGCGUGUGCAAGGUGUCAAAGCAUCGUACUUCGGCCGGGCCUUGCAAAAGCCACACAAAAAAAGUUUUUCCUCCCGCAUAUGAAAGUGAAGACUGCGAAUCAAGAGCCAAACGACGGUGAGGAACUAGAGGACUUCUGGCUGAUAGAGGGCAUGUACACAUUUGAGAACGUUGGCUUCACAAACACAGUCAAGAGCAUCAAGUAUCUUAUAUGUGCCGACUGUGAGGUUGGACCUAUAGGCUACCAUGAUCUAGAAACAAAGGAGAACUUCUACGUUGCUGUCGAGCGAGUUGUUUACACAUGAGGACCGUUCGAAGAUAUUAACGAUUGUGCUGUUUUUGUUUAGGGCAUUCCUGCGUUUUUUUUAAACUUAAGUGACAAGACAGAGUGAGCUUGGCGACUUGAUUACCCGGUCUUAUGAUAGGAAUAUCUAGUGUGAUGCCGAAAAGUUUUGUCAUUGGAGCUUCAAACUGAUAAAACUGCCACAGAGCACUGGCCUCAACUGUGUUUGAUUUGGAAUGGUAUAUUUAUAAAUGUUUUAUAUUUGUUGUUAGUGCGUCGUACAUUGUGUAUUUGAAAUGCUGUAUUUUGCAAGUUUGUGCGCUGGCUGGGUGAGCCCACAAUUAAUCACUGACAACUAUUUUCUUAUUCUUAAUGACACUUGAUACUCAGCUACGUUUCAAACAAACGAAAACAGGAAUAGAAUCAUAUGGUCUGAGUCAGCGCAAACUCUGUCAACAGUUUGUCACAAGAGGGCUCAAUUUGAAGCCAUGAUGUCACGUGUUAGAUUUUCAAAUAUUAUAAACCACAACAAAAAUGGACUGAGUACAUUUGAAAUGAUAUGGGGUUUGAGGAUUGGAGUUGGGGAUUUAGUGCUAGAUUUUCAACGAAUACAGAUAUUUCCAAUGUUCUGUAAUUUUUGGGGCAUGGCAUGGCAUAGAAUAAAAUAAAAUGCAUGUUUACUGUGAAUGACUUGCAAAUAAUCAAUUAAUGUAUUAUCCAAUAAUGCCAAUGGUUACCGUAGUGAUAAUUUAUGUCGCUUAAAAAAAUAUUUGUAGCAUGGUAUUAGUAAAAAUCAUAUGAAUUUUUAAUUUUAUGCAAAAAAUAUGAGGAAUCUUGAACUUGAGGUUGAACGAAGAAAAAACAACUGUUUUGGAACUUGUACUCAAAGAGUGCUUGGGACUUAGGCACCAGUACUCGUACUGGAGUACUUAUCCGCCACCUUUGUACUUGAUGGUACCUGUACUCGUAUUCGGAGAGCCAAGUACUUGAACUCUGCUUUUGGAACUUGUACUCAAAGAGUGCUUGGGACUUAUGCACCAGUACCGGUAUUGUAUUCAAGUACUACUUGGCCACCUUUGUACUAGAUGGUACUCGUACUUCUUGUACUUAAGUGCCAAAUAUUUCUAGUCUGCUGUUGGGUAUGGUACUCAAAGAUUACUUGGGACUUGGACACUAGUCUUGUUCUCAAGUACUUCAUUUGUACUCGGCUACCUUUGUACUGGGUGGUACUUGUAGUUGUACUUGGAGUGCCAAAUAGUUCUACUCUGCUGUUGGAAUUGGUACUUGGGAGAGUAGUGCUCAUACCAUAGAGUUAUAUUAAAAGAACUAGAGGGCGCACUGGUGAUGCCUCUUGCGCAAACGCGACGGGACCGCAAG